GUCCCCUUUGCCAGUGCAUGCCGGGAAGUCGCCCGUGUAUAAUGCCCGCCAUGGCGUCCCGUGUCCUGCUAGCGCAGUGCGUCCGUUCGCUCGCCCGGCCCUCGGCGGGGAGCCGAGCCGCCGCCGCCGCCAGAGCCCCGCUGAUAGUCGCCCACCGACCGCUGUCUCUCAUGUCCCGCUGCCAGCGGACGCGGCCGGCCCAACAGAGCCCGAUGUCGGCGGUGGGGAUGUUGUGCCGACAGUAUGGAGACCUCCCCCCCCUCACGCUGGACAGCAUUAAAGACCGCGUCAUGUAUGUCCUCAAGCUGUAUGACAAGAUCAACCCCGAGAAGCUGCAGACCUCCUCCCACUUCAUGAAAGACCUGGGUCUGGACAGCCUGGACCAGGUAGAGAUCAUCAUGGCCAUGGAGGAUGAGUUUGGCUUUGAGAUCCCAGACGCGGAGGCAGAGAAGCUGAUGACUCCUGAAGAGAUUGUACAGUACAUCGCAGACAAGAAGGAUGUUUAUGAAUAGUCAAAUAUCAAAUGACCCAAUUUCAAAGAUAAGAGGUUGACCUCACAGGAAGUACUCGUGAAGCCAACGAGGGGGCAAACCUUUUUUCAAAUCCUUCCCCCUCGGCUGUUGUUCUCUCUCCGCAGAGUCGUUUGUGUCAGCUGCCAUGUUUUGUGUUUCACUGUAUUUAAACAAUUGUGUCCACAUAGCUUUGGGAGAUCGGAGCGGUGGGAAAAAAAAGGAAAACAAGGAUAAAGCACCACUGAAAUAUAUUUACUCCAGCUCCUUCUUACGGUCCUGAUGUAUAAUUUCUCAUCGAUUGCUAAAUAAAGACACACGCUGUAUAGUUCCA